AUGCCUCGCGAAACUCAAGAUCUGCAGGCUUCAGAACUGGAAGGUAAAGUAGCCCUAAUUACAGGAGGUGCAAGUGGGCUUGGCAAAGCAACGGCCCAAGAAUUUAUCAAAAAUGGGGCCCAAGUCUUCAUUGCAGACAUUGACUCUGAAAUAGGCCCAAAAGUAGCCAAUGACCUGGGCCCUGCAGCCCAUUUCGUCCAAUGUGAUGUGGCUGUUGAGUCCCAUGUUGCAGAAGCUGUCGAAACAGCUAUGUCUCGAUACGGAAAACUUGAUAUCAUGUACAACAACGCUGGAACAGCAGGCCGGUUGGUCCUACAGACAAUCGCAGAGCUCGACUUAGAAGAAUUUGACCGGGUGAUGCAGGUCAACAUCCGUGGCACAAUGGCCGGGAUAAAACAUGCAGCCCGAGUGAUGGUUCCGAUGGGCUCAGGCUCCAUUCUUUGCACAUCAAGCAUUAGUGGGCUGAUGGGUGGGCUAGGCCCACAUCCAUACACAGUUUCAAAAUUUGCCAUUUCAGGAAUUGUGAAGUCAGUAGCCAGUGAUCUAUGCAGAACCGGAGUGAGGAUCAAUUGCAUUUCGCCAGCUCCAAUAGCCACCCCAAUGGCAGUGACCAACAUAGGCAAAUUUUACCCAGGGGCCACAGAAGAGCAAAUAAUUGAAAUCAUCAAUGGGGUUGGGGAGCUGAAGGGAGCCAAAUGUGAAGAAAUCGAUGUGGCAAGGGCUGCUUUGUAUUUGGCCUCAGAUGAAGCCAAAUAUAUAACAGGCCAUAAUCUUGUUGUGGAUGGCGGGUUCACUUGCUUUAAAGCUCUAAACUUUCCUUCUCCUGAUCAGGUUGUGUAAUGUUACUGUUCUUUUUCUACAGCUUUCAAAAUUACUUGGUAUCUUUUUUAGGUAACCUGUGUGGUUUGAAAUUUUAAUGAUGAUAUUUAUCACAUGAAUGCCAUUAAUCUCAAAAGCUGUAAAGAUUAGAUUAAAAUUCUAGGGAGAUGUAAAAUUUUUGUUUGAUUUGGUAUGACAGAGGGCGCUAUUUGUAAGUUUGGU